UAUAGGAACUUGCACUUGCAAGCACGGCCUCUGCCGGCGAGAGGUCUGAGUCCCACGCUCCGCACGUGCUCUCCAAAACCCCAACCACAGCCCCACCCCCCUCGACAUAUAAAUACCUUUCUCCUCUUCUCUCUUUUUCUUAUUUGAAAUACAAAACAAAACCUCUGUUUGGAAACGCGUCAACUCUUAUCCUCUUCCAAGCUAAGCUUACGCAUCAUGUCGGUUAAAACUGUCAAAGUCAGCAAUGUUUCUCUGGGAGCAACUGAGAGAGAUAUCAAGGAGUUUUUUUCCUUUUCUGGUGAUAUUGAAUAUGUUGAAAUGAAGAGCGAUACUGAAAGGUCUCAAAUUGCAUAUGUAACCUUCAAAGAUUCACAAGGAGCUGAGACUGCAAUUCUCCUUUCGGGAGCAACAAUUGUUGGUAUGUCUGUCACCAUAACUCCAGAUCCAGAUUAUAAGCUUCCUCCUGCUGCUUCAGCACCCCUUGGAACAGAAAAUAAAAAUGGUGGCACUGAAUCUGCUUUCCGAAAGGCAGAGGACGUGGUCAGUAGCAUGCUUGCUAAGGGUUUUAUAUUAGGCAAAGAUGCUGUCAAUAAAGCAAAAACUUUCGAUGAGAAGCACCAAUUGACAUCAACAGCCUCAGCUAAAGUUGCUUCUUUCGACAAAAAAAUGGGACUCAGUGAGAAGAUCAGUGUUGGCACUACUGUCGUGGGUGAUAAAGUGCGGGAAGUUGAUCAGAAAUACCUGGUUUCAGAGAAAACCAAAUCAGCAUUUGCAGCCGCUGAGCAAAAAGUCAGUAGUGCCGGAUCUGCCAUAAUGAAAAACCGGUAUGUAUUCACCGGGGCAUCAUGGGUGGCUGGAGCUUUCAAUAAGGUUGCAAAGGCUGCUGAGGAUGUUGGGCAGAAGGCAAAAGAGAAAGUGGGAAGGGCUGAAAUAGCCGACGAAGAACAAAAAAGAAAAAUGGUGGAAGAUUACGCUCAGAUUCACCUAUCCGAUUCUCCAAAAGCAUCUACCCUACCAAGUGAGCAGCAGCCUACAAAGCCGGGACCUCCACCAGCACAAGGUUUGGUCCUCUAAUUUGUACAUAUGGAAUUGUUGAUUUGCUCUUAUUUUUUUGUUUAUUGUUAUACUAUGAAGUGAUGAAGUUUGGACAAAUUGUUGUCAUUAUAUGGAUAUACUUGAAUCUUGAUUUAAUGUCUUGACUUUUCAUUUUUCAAUUAUUAAUGAUCAUUUACUUGUC